AUGGUCCAGUUAUCGCAGAUUCUAAUAUUAGGAUCAUUCGUUGUAUUAGUUUCAUCGAGGUUUUUUGAUGUUUGUCCAGGUAGAAGACAAUCCAUUGGAGGUAAAUCAUUAACUAAAACAUUACUUCCAAAAAUAUAUACUUUUUCAGCAUGCCUUGUUGGAUUAUGCCCAGCAGGAUCAGAAUGUAUAAAUUCGUAUUGUUGUAAGUGCUCCCCUCCCCAAAUCCUUGGUUUUUUCUCGCUUUACAAAUUUUUAUAAAGGCCCUCUAGGUAAGCAUAAGAAAUCGUCGACUGCAACGACAAUCGAAGUUGAUACUGAUGAAAAUGAAUAUGGAGUUUGUUCAUCUGGUGGAAGAUCAAUUGGUGAAUGUAUAUCGAGUUCUUGUCCGAUGGGUUAUACUUGUGAGAAUAAUACUUGUUGUGGUGAGUUGCAAUAAUAUUGAAACAAAAAUUAUGAUGAAAACCACAUUUAGAGACUUUACCAAAAAGAAGGAAACUUUUUUUGAAAUGUGAGUUGCAUGAUUUGACUUCUAUGCGUUUUUGAACCAUCUAGAUGUUUCCGAAGUUGCUUAGAUUUCUAACAAAGUUUGUUGUUUUUUAAACAUUGGAGUUUUUAUCCCCCUGACAUCAAUCUUCUAGGAAAGUUUUAUCUUGAAUUGAAUUGGAUCUUUGAAAUAUUUAAAUUUCCAAAUGAUUUUUAUAUCGAUUUGUUCAUUCAACUAACUGAAUUUUGAGUAUAAAUGGUAGUUUUGGAUUACGGUAUCCCUUUUUUUUAGUUAUGUGGAAAAUCAUCACCGCGUUUUAGGCUAGGAAACUGCCAACGAAGUUUCAGAUAUUUUGAAUUUAAUUCCGAAAAAAUAAUUAUAAUGUCCAGUGAAUUUCGUCAGUUCAAAUUGAAAACUGAAACAUUGUCCACCAUUUCUCGAACGACCAAAAAAAUACCGAAAAUACAUUUAUAUACGUGCACGAUUUCGAUCUUUUCUUGAAUAGUUUAUCUGUUUGGUUGAAUGUUUUGGCAUGCGGCAUCGUUUUUAGAAAUAAUUCAUAUAAAAAAUCCAAAAUCUACAGCGAAAACAAAACAAGAAGAACUUCCCAUGAUGAAAUCAUCCCCAAUAUCUUUAAUAACAGUUGCUCCACAAGUAGAAAGCAGUGAUGAAAAUACAUCAAUCGAACAAUUAUCAUCAUCAACUGUAGCUGCAUCAACAGUUUCAACAACCGAACCAACAACAGAAGAUCCAGAAGAUUUGAGAAAAGAAAUUAUUGAUGAGGAAGAUUCUGAAUUAGAAGAGGAAAAAGAAGAAGAAGAAUCGACAACUACAACAACUACAACCACAACGACGGAAAAACCAACAACCACCACAAGAAAACCAAAAAGAGUCAAAAAUAAGAAAACUAAACCGACAACUACUACCACCACUACAACCACUACAGAAGAACCAACGACAAGAGAAGAGAUUAUAGAAGUAACAGAAAUACCACCGCCAAACGAAGAAAAUGAAACAUUUGUUUGUCCAGUUGGGGCUCCAAUUGGUGAAUGUAUCGCUGAUAAAUGUCCAGAAGGACAUGGAUGUGUUGAAGGGCAAUGUUGUGAGUCACGCUUUCCGGAACUCUUAUUUUUUGUGUUAAAUGUAAGUAUAUUCUUCAUUUUUAUAGGUAUUCUUACACCGCAAAUCAACUGCACUGACCAUUUAACUGGAUGUUUGUCACAUCUUUGCGACAAAUUGGGAUAUAAACAAUUUAUGACGACAAACUGUGCAAGAACUUGUGCUAGAUGUCAUUUGGUUAAUAUUGUAAGUUAUGUUAACUUAUUUUUUCCAAUAACUUAUUAGUUCAGACAGCCACUGAAAUCCGAGAUUGUCGAGAUCGCCGAUCAGAUUGUGAAGAAUGGGCUGCUGAAGGAUUUUGUGAAAGUUCCCUCUAUACAACACGACAGAAAUUGAAGUUCUGUGGAAAGUCUUGUAAACUAUGCUGA